AUGGCGUCUUCGGGCGGUGUUGGCCAAGAUGGCGAAGUCAAAGAUACUGUUGAACCUCGCGAAUACGAGCCCCCUGAAGGUACCCAAGAAGCUGCAAGCGGGAACGAAGGCCUGGGAAACAACCCAAGCUUCAGUCUGGCGGGCCCCGAAACCCAGAAUCCAAAUAGCAAUUCCUACGAAAUCCCCUCCCGCAACCGUCAAUAUGGCGAACAACAAAAUGACCCGACAUGGAGUUUGGCUGAACCGCUCCCUCACAUCAUCAGACCUGGCAUGCGCCACGGCGCAUUGCCAGAAGACAGGAAAGAAGAUCGGCAGACAGGCCAGGAUCCAACCGUAGGUAGGAAGCAGAACCAGCCGACUGGCCCAAGAGAUGAUGGGUUUUUUAAUACCUGGUCGAAAAUCCGCCAUUACAUUCGAGAACCGCUGGCGGAGUGGCUCGGGACAACCAUCGCAAUGACGAUUGGUCUAUGUGCUACUUUGUCAAAUUUUACAUCAUCUGGCCAAGCUGGAUCAUUCACUUCCCAAAGUGUCGCCUGGGGUUUCGGAUUCAUGGUGGCUAUCUACACCACCGGCGGUGUAUCUGGUGGCCACUUAAACCCGGCCAUUUCAAUCGCCUUAUCCGUGUUCCGGGGGUUUCCUGCGCGCCAAAGCUUAAUCUACAUUGCUGCGCAGCUACUGGGAGCAAUCACUGCAGGUGGAUUUGCAUAUGCGAUCUACCACGAUGCUAUUGUUGAAGUUGCCGCGAAAGCAAAAGUGCCACAGAGCCUUAGUGUCGCUGCGGAGGCUUUCAUUACCGCCCCGAAGCCAUUCGUCCAUCCAGCAACGGCAUUUUUCACCGAAUUCCUGGGCAGUGCGAUCUUGGUUGGAGCAAUUAUGGCUCUUGGAGAUGAUGGCAAUGCUCCACCUGGGGCCGGAAUGAACGCUUUCAUUCUUGGGGUCCUUAUUUCGAUUGUGGUCCUUGCAUUUGGCUACAAUACCGGAGGCUGUUUCAAUUGCGCCCGAGAUUUUGGCCCGCGACUCGUCGCCGUUAUGGCAGGAUGGGGAGGCCAUCUGUUUCAAGUGACCCAUGCUUGGUGGGUUUGGGGUCCAUGGUGCGCAGACAUCAGCGGCGCACUAUUUGGCGCAUUCAUCUACGACAUGGCUAUCUUCACGGGUGGUGAAAGUCCGGUAAAUUACCCACGACGACGACGAAAGCGGGCCUUCCGUGUGAGGAAAGUGAACCUACGAAAAAAACUGGGCAUCGGUCGGAAGGAUAAGACUGUUGAUCUUGAGAGAAAUUGCGAGGAUUGA